AUGAGUAACUUACAAACAGCUAGAGACCAAGCUCAUUUAAACUACCAAAUACAGUUAGGUAAAGUUUUGGUAGCCUUAGGCCCCUCUUUAAACACUAUUUUAGAGCGAGAGAGAGAUAUUCCAAAGGCUAUCAGGGACAGGCUUUUGACUAGUGUUGCUGAUUCUGGACGAAUGAUUUGUAAGGUGGUCAAUGAGAUGUCACAAAAACGACGUCAACUAAUUUCGCCUUUAAUGAAUAAACAGAUAAAAGGUAUAGUAGAAAAGUGUCCCCCUGGCGAAUUCCUCUUUGGGCCUAAUCUAGGAGAGAAGAUCCAGACAGCAAAAAGUAUGGAAAAAGUUGUGAAAGAUAUUAGGGUUUCUCAGUACCAUAAAUAUCGUUCUCUCUCAAACAUUUCUCCUCUUCAAAAAAGGAAAGAAGGGGGGGAGAGAUCACACACCACCAUUAGAGGUCAGUUAAACAGGCGACGCCCGGCCUACCGGAGGAGGGACGGAAGACCACCGAAAGGGCGACCCUCAGAUCCACAGAAACGGACGUCCAACUUCAGAAACCAGUACAGACAAAAACAUUUCUGUAAAAUUAGGGAAUUUGCAAGUUUCAUUGGUACUUUAGUAUCAGCCUGUCCGGCUGUAAAAUAUGGUUGGUUAUAUAUUAAAGCUCUAGAACGUGAAAAAUUUAUGGCCUUGAUACAAAAUAGUGGAAAUUUUGAUGAAAUAAUGGUUGUUCCCCAUUACUUACACGAAGAUCUGCUUUGGUGGGAACAGAAUAUUUUGAAGUCAGUUAACGACAUAAGAACGGAUGUAUUUGCCAAAGAAAUUUUCACUGAUGCUUCUCUGACAGGCUGGGGAGCAUGUUGCGACUUAGAAAAGACCCACGGAUUCUGGUCAGAACUUGAUAAAAAAUUGCAUAUAAAUAUUUUAGAAUUAAGAGCCAUUUUUUACGGUCUCAGAUGUUUUGCGAAUAACUUAACUAAUGUUAAUAUUCUGUUACGAUGCGAUAAUACCACUGCCAUAUCGUACAUAAAUCGAAUGGGUAGUAUCCAACAUCUAGAACUUGCUAAAUUAACGCGGGACAUAUGGAAGUGGUGUGAGAAUAAAAACCUAUGGAUUCUUGCUACAUAUAUAAGUUCAGCUAACAACUUCAUUGCAGAUAAGGAGUCAAGACAAAUUUCCCCCGAAACGGAAUGGUCCUUAUCACAAGAUGCAUUCAAGUUGAUAGUUAACAAAUAUGGGAAACCUAAGGUUGAUCUGUUUGCUUCGCACAUAAACAAGAAAUGCGAUAAAUACGUUUCUUGGCAUAAAGAUCCGGGGUCAUAUGCUGUUGACGCGUUCACAGUGAAUUGGAAGGGACUUUCUUUUUAUGCUUUUCCACCGUUCAAUUUAAUUUUAAGAACCCUUCAAAAGAUAAUCCAAGAUAAGGCUGAAGGUAUCGUGGUUGUUCCGUUAUGGAAGUCUCAAUUAUGGUAUCCACUGUUUUCUAGGUUGAAAAACUAUCCACCCUCUGGCUCGUCAGCUUUCCCUGGUGGUCGCCAGAUUAUCAGGGAAUCGCUUUUAGAGAGAGACGUCCCAGAAAUAGCUGUAGAUACGCUAAUAUCUUCAAUUUCCGAAUCCACUAUGAAGCAAUACACCACAACAAGCCUCUGGUGGAACUUUUGCCUGGAGAAGAAUAUCUCUGUAUUUGGACCGGCAAAUAGAGACAUCCUGACCUUCUUACAAUAUACAUCUGAGAAAUAUAAUUAUAAGUACGGUGCUAUAAACUCCAACAGUUCAGCUUUAAACCUUAUUUUAAUUAACGAUAUCGGGUCAGACCCUCUUAUAAAAAGAUUCAUGAAAGGAAUGGCGCGUCUGAGACCGGCCCAACCAAAAUACGGCAGUACGUGGGAUUCCGAAGUUCUACUUUCUUACAUAGAACAAUUGCCUGAAGAUUUGGACCUUAACUUAUUAUCCCAUAAAUUAAUAACACUCUUGACUUUAGUUACAGGAGAGAGGCUUCAGACGCUGUCUUUGAUCAGGCUAACCAAUAUACUGGAAAAUGAACAGGAAAUUCAAAUUAAUAUAACCGAUCCAAUAAAAACUUCAGGUUUAAAUCGGGUUCAGCCAACACUAUAUCUUCCCUUUUUCAAAGAGAGGCCUAAACUUUGUCCUGCCUUGACGUUGAAAAAAUACAUCGAUGCAACAAAAGUGUUUAGAAAAAAGGAGCAUGAUUUUGUAUUCUUAACAAUUAAAAGACCUCAUUCAGUUGCUUCGAAACAAACGCUAAGCAAAUGGGUUAAGAAAAUGUUAGAACUAGCAGGGAUAGAUAUUUCUCAAUUUAAACCUCACUCGACAAGACAUUCUUCUAGUUCUGCCGCAUUGAGACAGGGAAUUUCAAUUGAAACAAUACGCAGGACAGUAGGAUGGUCCGAAGGGUCAUCUGUAUUUGCCAAGUUUUACAAUAGACCUCUCUCUGACAGAACUGCAUACGCCAAAGCUAUUUUAAGUAAUUCUGACAAAGCUUAA